AUGUCGAGCAUAUUCACAACCCGCAUGGCCACCAUGGACACGCGUAGCGUCAUCAUCCUGGCGAUCGCCGUGUGCUGCGCUGUGCUUCCCCUCGAGAUCACUCACCUGCUGUCCGCCUGUGUCGGGGCCGGCCUCUACCUUCUGGUCCAGGCGCUCCAGGGCGCCAGCGUCCCGCCGAACCGGGCCGGCCCCCGCGAGGCUCAGGGCGGCAAGGCUGCCAAGGCGUGGCGCCCAGGGACGUCCAGGGAGUGGGCGCCGAGGAGCGCCGAGAGGCCGGCCAGGUGCCGAGACGGCCCAGGCUGCGGCCGCCCCGCGCCGGAGGUCGCCGGCAGGGGCGCACCCCGGCUCGAGGUGCGCAAGCCGAGCGCCGUGCCCGUCCUGGCGCCCACCUUCCAGUCUUCGGGCUGGGAGGCGGAGGUGGCGGAGCUACUGGACCAGCUGGCCCCGACGAAGGAGGGCGAGGAGGUGGUGCGGCAGAUCUCCGCGACCGUGAGGGCCGCCGUCGCCAGGGUGAUCCCCGAGGCAGAGGUCUCUGGCUUCGCGUGCGGCAGCCUCGUGAGCGGGAAGGCGUUCGGGGUGGCGGUGCCGGAGGUGGACAUCGUGGUGAACGCCAACCCGCAGGCGCUGCUCGGCCGGCUGCAGGGGCGCUGGUCGGCGGGCCCGCGCUCCGCGAGGCUGGACGCGCGGAAGCUCCAGAAGUCCGCCAUCCGCGCGUGCACGGAUCAGCUCGUGAGCACGGGCACCUUCAAGUUCCGCCGCUCGGCAUUCCGCGGGGACGAGCCGAAGGUCACCAUGAUCGCGCCCUCGUCCAUGGACGGGUGCGAGCAGGGCAUCCCGAUCAACCUGUCGGUGAACACCGUGACCCCGGUAUACAACGCCGUACUCCUGGCGGAGUGCGGCCACAUGGAGCCGCGCGCCAAGGAGCUCGCCUUGCUGGUGAAGCGGUGGGCAAAGGACCGCGGCCUUUGCCACACCGCGAAGGGGCAUCUGCCGCCCUACGCGUGGACGCUGCUGACCAUCUACUACCUCCAGGUGGCCGCCUUCGAAGACGAGACGCCUCUGCUGCCUGCCCUGGAGGGCACCCGCGCCCUGUCGGCCCAGGCGGUCAAGGACGCCUGGAAGCAGUCGCGCGAGCCGCCGGCGCCGAGCGGGGGCCGGAGCCCGCAGCUGAGCAUCGGCGAGCUAUCCCGGGUUUCCUCCAGUUCUACACCAAGGAGUACAACUGGCGCGACGAGGCUGUAUCCGUGCGUCGCGGAAAACGUGACGCCCCCGACAUCAAGGUGCCCAUCCACAUCAUCCUCCACGACGACGGCAAGACCACGGAGGUCGGUCCGAGCAUCGAGAACCCGUUCGAGGCCGCCAGCAACGUGGGCAACUGCACCAGUGCGGAGAGCCUGCACCACCUCCAGCAGGAGAGCUCAAGCGCGCGGGGGCCCUCUGCGAGGAGGGUGCGUCCCUGACGGAGCUGCUGACGCCGUGGGCGCCCGCCGAGGAGGCGGCGCCCGAGGGCGACGAGGGGAUGUGAGGCGACGGCCACCGCCGCCGGAGGCUGUGCCAGCGCCUUUCCCACGGAGCGCUGGACGCCUGUGGGCGCCGGCCGAGGCGCGAAGCCGACGGCGGCGGCGGUGA